AUGGCGACAGAAGUCGAAACACCGCCGACUGUCGAUGCAGUUGCAGAUCAGGCUGAAACGAAACCCGAAGAGGUUGCCAAACCCGAAGAAAAUCAUGUCGACGAGAAGCAAGAUGAUCAAGCAGCCGCUGAUGAAAACAAGCCAACAGAGAACGAAGCGGACGCUGUCGCUGAAGCGGGUGAAAGCGAAACGAAAGAGGAUAGCAGUCCCCCUCCGCCUCCAAAAGUUAUAAUUUAUCAACAUCCACCUUGGAAUUUCAUCCCUUCUCCUCUUCCCGCUUGCAUUAAGAUUGAAACCUAUUGCCGACUGAUGAAGAUCCCUUACGAAAACGUCUACAAAUCAGGGACGGACCAGAAGUUGCCUUACCUCGAGUAUAAGGGCGAGACAAAGAAACACGAUCUUUUAGGGUUCCUUAACUCCAAGUUUGAAGUCAACGCCGAUGCUAACCUAAAUGAAAAGGACCAAGCUUGUUCGCGAGCUUUCCAGAUCAUGGCUGAGGAGAACACGUUCUGGAGUUUGAUGUACUAUCGCUGGGUGGAUAACUUCUCCGAAACUAAGAAGUAUUUCAAGGGUUUGGAUGUCGUGAGAAAGAAUGUGCGUCCGAAGCUAGAUCAAGGCAAAUGUGUCAAGUGUCUAGAAGCACACGAAAUUGGCAAACACAACAAGGAAGAAAUUUACGCAAUUGGCGAGAAAGAUCUACGUGCAUAUUCUGCGUUCUUAGAUGAUAAAGAGUUCUUCAUGGGCUCGGAGCCCACGACUAUCGAUUGCACGAUGUUUGGCCUCUUGUCAUGCUUGCUGCACACGGCAGAAAAUUCGCCCCUGGCCAAAGUGAUCCGCGAGGAUUUGAAAAAUCUCGUGGACUUUUGCGAUCGAAUGAAGCUUAACUACUGGCUCGACUGGAAUGACCUCGGUUCCGAGGAACAAGUGGAGGAGACGCGACCAAAGUCGAGGCUAAGCGUUAAAAAGAAGAAGCGCACAAAGUCAACUGAGCCGUCUGGAGAAGCGAAAGAAACCGAGGGCGAAGCGAAAGAAAACGGUGAGCCGAGUGGUGAAGCGAAAGAAGGGGAGGGUGAAGCGACCGGUGAAGCCAAAGAAGCAGAGGGUGAGGCGAAAGAAGAGGAAGCGAGCGGCGAAGCGAAAAAGGAAGAGGAGCCUAAAGAGGAAGCCGCUGGGGAGAGUGCAGAGGCAGCGUCUGAGCCAAAGGAACAAGCAGAAGAAGAGAAGAAAGAGGAAGAAGCAGCCCCAGUGGUUAAUGGCGAUGCAGAGUAG